CAUCCCUCCCCGAACCCCUUUCAUCCCUCCCCAAGCCCCGGGGCCAUCCCCACUGAGAGAAAAUACAUUUCUGGGAAAACAGAUUUGACCUUUGACCUGAACGAACCCGACAUGGAAGAGGAGGAAGAGGAAGAAGGUCUGUCAGUAAAAAUAUUCCCUUCGUCUGACCAGGCUCAUGUGGGUAACCAUAGCAAUCUGUUGUCUCUGGGAUACAAAUAUGGGAUGGCAAGCUUCAACGUUCAAGACUGUGACCAGAACUCCAGUCCAAGUCUGUCUGAGAGUGUGGAUAGGCAUGGACCGAGACAGCAGCAGCAGCAGAGGCAGCGUACACAGAUGACCCCCCAGCAGGUGAUCAAGCUCAGAGCCUGUUACAGGGAGCACCCCACCCCCAGUCCCCUGCAGUGUGAGGGCCUGGGACGGCAGCUGGGGCUCCCACGCAGGGUGGUGCAGGUGUGGUUUCAGAAUGGCCGGGCCAAGGAGAAGAGGGCAAGGAGCCUCAGAGUUGACCCCACCACAGGAUAGAGGGAAAGGCAGCAGAGGACAGGGGAGAGAACGCACACAGCCAUGAACUAAGUGCACGUCACUCACAACAAUAAACCAACCGGAUGCCACAGAAGCCAAAGAGCAUUCUACCAGUGUACCUCACCCCUUAAUCAGCCCCAAAACAUCACAGGGCAGACCUCCUCUAGAGCUUUAAGACACCACUCCUGUGUUCCUCUCUCUCCUUUCCCCUCCUCUCCUGUCCUCCAACCGAUACCUCAGGAGUUAACCCCUCCAUGCCAACAGAUGUCCCUGUUCUGACAAUAGAAUCUGGAGAACCAGGACACAGUAGGUGCCCGUCUCACUUGUGUUUAAAGACUACUAGUGCAAGUAUCAAACUGUUCGAUGUUUUAGUGUAUAGAACGUUCUUUCAAAGUAUAAGAAAACUGAAAGAAACAAAAGCAGCUACGGAAAACAAAAAAUUCAAAUAUUCUUUACAAAGAGCAUCUGCAAAGACUGGCUUGGAUUCCAAAGCUCGUAACCAAAACCUUACAUGUCCGUGGAUUGUGUUGUCAACAUGGUGUUUUUCAUUUCCAAACCACAGUACAGCCCAUACAGUGAAGAGUAGAUCUGAGACUGGUGCGUAUCAAUAGACUGACUGGUCUAUGUGGUGCUGAAGCAGACCUCAACCUUCUCAAGCCAAUGAUGACUCUACUGCACAUGUACUGAACGCUCCUUAUGUGGAAAAUAGGCCAAAUAGCACUGAGCUAAGUCCACUUUGUCCUUUAUGUGAGAGGUCGUAUAAGAAGCUAUUUUGAUAACGUUCGACCAAUAUAUGUCACAACUUUAACCAAACACUACACAACAUUGUCUGUGUUUAGUAAAUGUUAAUGAAUAUGAAUACAAUGGAUUAACGGUCGUUAUUAUGCUUUGAUAUGACAAGUGUUAUUUUGUGGUGUAUGAGAACAUAAUGUAGGCGUUAUGAUGUGGAGUUGCCUUUUCUUCUUAUUUGAGUAAAUACCAGUAUGUUGUGUAAUAUAAUCCCAUGUAUACUAUACUCAGGCCAACUGAACUGUUUUUUAUUUGGUCCUAGUAAUGUACUAGUUUCUCUUCUGUUCCUAAUGCCAGACACAAAGUCUGUUUUGAAACCUUAUGAUGUAAAUAUUGACUGUUGAUAUGAAGUUCCUAUAAUGGUAGUUCUAAAGAAACCUCUCUGGAUUUCAGAUAUCUGAGCUUUCUGACCGAUAAUUGAUAGUUCCAUUAUUACAAUGUUAAAUGGUGUGAGGAGUAAAUUAAUGUACAGUAUGUAGCUUUUAUAUGGUCGACUCAGUCUCCCCUGAGACUGCCUCUGUUCUGACGGACCAUACUCACUGAGAGUUACUGACGUAAUACUGAUGAAAACUUUGGAUGUUGUGUGCACUUAACUCUCUCACACACUCUAACCGUCUUUCUUUCUCUCUCUCUUUUUCUCUCUCAUCUCUCCUCUUUUUGUUCUCUAAAUGUAAUAAUAUUACUGUAGUAAUAGUAACAGUAAUAACUAUGAUAAUAUUGAAUGCUUUAAAACACAACCCAAAGACAAUAACACUGUAACCAUCGAUGCAUAAAUGCCACAGAAAACAACUUAAAAAGUUUACUUGAUAAUGUAAUAUUGAUUGUUGGGAAGAAAGAGUGACUGUAUCAGAACUGCUGUAUCUGCCUCUUCACCAGGCCACUGGUGAGUGUACACUGUAACCUCCAGAAAAACCAAAACCUGUUAUUAUACUAGGAUGGAGGAGCAACCCCCC